AGUGCAUGUCAAGUUCAAAGGUGGAAAUAAGAGCUCUUUCAUUGCACGCAAACAACAGUAUACACUAACAAUACAUUCCAUGAACUAUGGAAGUUGGAAAUACCCGUUGAAUUACAUCUUUAGAAAAAAAAUACCUUGAACAGUCUCUGUUUUAUUUCGGUUUCGAUUUUAAUCUUAUUUGAGCUUGUGUUAGAAACAACAUGGCUGCCCGUGGCGAAUUUGCUCCCAGUGAUUUCACUAUGGAUAUUCACAUCACGCUUUCCAAGGCAAAACCGAGUAACGACGAAGCACUGCUGAUGAAAACGGAGCGGGAGAAGUUUGUGCGUGCUGCAUGCGCAGCCUUCAACUCAAAACAACGAGAAGUUCUGAAACUGAGAAAUGAUACCAGGGGUGUGGCACAGGAACGCAUUGACCAAUGGAGGGAAGGCACUUGGGGAGAACUCUGUAAGAGACUCAAGCCUCCUCAGUGGCAGAAGUGUCUCGAUUUCAGUUGUCCCUCCUCGGAGUACUUGUAUUAUUAUACCAAACCAACUUCACAACCGACCACUUUGAGUUAUAACAUCAGAAUACCAACAGACACGAGUACAGAGCUUGUGGAAGGCUACCACCAGGUGAUGACGAUCUUGUCGAGGGGGGACGGAGGAGCGGCCACCGGUCGCCCAUACUUUGAUUUCGAUGAACACUUACCUCAAGUCGAGAGCCCAGAGUUGCCAGAAGUUGCAUCUAAUGACGAUCGAUGUCAUAUCAUUGGACUUUUAAAACUCAAAUUGGGUGACACCUUCAACACACCGGAGUCUAAGACAGUCCAGUUUAAGAAGUUGAAAGACGGAAAGGCGCUGGCUGCUAACAUUGAAAAACAUGCAUCAGACUACAUGGGUGCAUUCGCAAACCACGAGGGAGGUUGGAUAAUCGUGGGUAUUGAAGACACCAAUUGUAAAGUGAUUGGUCAGGAGGUUUCUGAAGAAACAAAAUCUAAGAUUAUAAGUCAUCUUGACAAAUGUAUCAAACGGAAAAUCUGGGGGAGUAAGCAGGAGGUUCCAACACGAGGGAAGCACUGGGACAUCUUCUUUCAGACCUUGGGAGAAGAGAAGUAUCUUGUUGAGAUUCGAGUGAAUCCUUUCUAUGGAGGGGUAUUUCAGAAAAAGCCUGAAUCUUAUAUUUUCGAGGUUAAUGAAGAUGGAGAAAAGGUGGUUGAGGAAAUGAAGUUUGGAGUUUGGAUAGAGGCAACGAUGCGGGAGAAAUUAGCUGAGGAACGAUGCAGUUACGAGAUGCAACAGAAGUUUGAAAAGCUGAGUACUUACACAGCCGGUGGCUGCCAAGUGUUUGCUCUAAAAAACUCCCACAGAGACAUUCAAGAAAGAAUGUUUACAAUAAAGAAAGGUCUACACAUUUGGCCAGAGACUUACAACAGUCUGGUGCAUAACACGGCUGCUCCAUUUCUCCAAAACGUCAUCCAAGCUUUGAAGGACAGGUUUACGACCACUAAGGGAGUAUGUGUUGUUUCUCAGUGUAUACUCUCUGACAUAGGCAUUCGAAGACCUACAACGGCUGCAGGUGUAAAAUGUGAUGUUUUAGUCUUCACUGAAACUGAUGUUCCAUUUAUAAUAAGCUUAGGGUCAUCAGAGGAUGGGGAGCGAUAUUGUAGAAGAGCAGCAGCAGAGCUUGAUAAUCUUCUAACUAAACACAGCGGAGAAGGUCGGUUCUUCACGAAGAGCUGCUGGUGUGACCUCUCAACAGAUCAAGACUGUAUUCCAGGCCUCAUUGAGAGUCUCCUCUGUUACCAUCCUGCAGACAAACCAGCCAGCUACCACCAGAUGCAUCUCCAGAAACUACAAGUAUUAGUCAGUGGCCUUGUCAUCGCCAUAGCAGCAUUCACACCCGAGACUUACUUAUACAUGAACGACUUGAUGGGAGUCCAGGUAAUGAACCUCUUGACUCCAUCUCAGCUCUUGGCUCUGAAGACGUGUCAGGAGGUCCCCUAUGUCUGCAUCCAGGGCUACCCAGGGACCGGGAAGACGGUAGUUGGCAUUGAGAGAGCCAAGCAGCUACGUCUGGAUGGAGCUGAGGUUGAAGAGGUCUUGUAUAUCCCAUCAAAUGUACAGAUGGCAAAAUAUGUAAGAGAAUUGACGUUUCCAAAGAACUCAUCUCUACAUGGGAGUAAAAUUUGUCUCUCGGAGGCAUUUAAGAACAUCAUCAGGAAGUUGCAAGAUGGGACGAUGCCUCAGACAGUCAAAUACCUAAUUUUGGAUGACACACAAAACUUACUCAGUAGGAGAAAUGUUCCAGCAACAAACUUAGAGGAAGAUAUUAAGAAUUUCACACCGGAUAUGAAACGUCUUGCCGUGAGGAAGACAGAACUGAUGGGGCUAUUGAGACUUGAGAACCAUCAUGUAGACUGGUUGAGAUGUGUUUGCAUCUGGGUUUGCACAAAGCAAGACUCUAAGAUUGUGAUCAUAUGCGACGAAUCACAGAGCCUUGAGAAAGAACAUUACUACAAAACAUUACAAGAAUUCAUCAAGGAAUCAAAUGGUUCAACAGUGACGUUGAAUGUCGUCAUAAGAAACUCUGAAGAAAUUACCAAGUUCUUUCAGCAUUUCGUCUCCACAGAGGCCUACGGUGAACUCCCAACAACAGCCCAUGACUUCAAGGGUAAACCACCUGUUCUAAGACCAACUUUGUUGUCAACAGAAUCACUGCACAAGACCAUCAACAAAUUUAUCUCUAUGGGAUACAGUCCAAAUGAGAUUUCCCUUAUUCGUCAUGAUAAAAGCGACGACAGAGCUGCACCAGACAGGUGUAUGACAACACCACAGCAAAAAGAGUGCAUGACUCUGUACCGAGAUAUAAACCAACAGUUGAUAGAGAUGGGUAUAGGAGACAAUGGCAUACCACACCCACAAGUCCUCCAUGCUGUACUCUUUUUUUGCCUUCUCACACAAGAAUUACUAGUAAGCCAAGAUGGUGAUCAAGAUGCUACAUUUAAAAUCAGCCUCGCAUCAUCUUGCUUUGCGAGAGGAGAGCACGCAGUGACUCCUCCAAUCUUCUUGCAACAUCUUCUUGGUGAUAGAAGUAGAUAUGAUGCCCCUGUCAGGGAUGCUGUGGUGUGUCUUUUAGAAAAGAAAUGGCAGUAUCUUUGUACACUUUACAAGACGUUUAUAAGUCAAGAUCAUCCCCUCUCGACUGACGAAGAUCUGUUGGAGGAGAGAAAAGUUUCCCUUCUCGGGUAUGGGACACAGAAGCUAACAAAUCUUCAGAAGUUGUAUGUUAUUUCUGAGUUUCUUUUAGGUCCUGUUACAAUUCCAGAACACGUCUUUCGCAUAGUUGAUGUCCAGCAUGCAGGUUUCUACAGCUUGAUCCUUUUUCACAUUCUCCCAAAUGUUCAUGCCAUACAAGGCACACACGAAGUCCCUGCGCGUGGCCAAUGUAUACGUAUUGAGAGUUUAGAAGGUUUUGCAGGGCGGGAGAACCAAGUGGUGAUUGGCUUAAUGCCAAAUGAAGAUAUACUGAAGAGAUACAGAUAUGCAAAUUAUAUAGCAGCCUUGGUAUCUAGGGCCAGAACCAAGUGUGAAAUCUUGAGUUUUGACAUUUGUUUAUUCAUAACCGAGAUGAAACGUGAUAAGAUAAAAUUGAAAAUGAUCGAAACAUACUUCGAGGAUGAUGAAGACGGCUCCUCUGAAGAUGACAAACUCCUGGCCAUGAUGGGUUUGAUCUAAUCAGAUGGAGUCUGAACUGCUCAGCCAAAAUCAUAACCAUGCUUAAUAUUAAACCUUCUCUGAGAUUACCCGAGUUUGAUGGAUUCAGUGUGUAAGGGGAAAGUGGAACCAUACAUGUAGCCCUGUGCAAUUUCAUAGAGCUGC